AUGGCAGCCAAGCAGAAAGAACCCGUGACGGUCAUUAGCCUUCGGAAGCUGAGCCAGGCAACCCCAGAGCCACAGCAGAAAGAGACAAAGACGUUCACUGUGGAGGAUGCCGUGGAGACCAUUGGGUUUGGACGCUUUCACAUCGCACUCUUUCUGAUCAUGGGCAGCACUGGGGUGGUGGAAGCCAUGGAGAUCAUGUUAAUAGCGGUUGUGUCUCCUGUUAUCCGCUGUGAAUGGCAGCUGGAGAACUGGCAGGUGGCACUUGUCACCACGAUGGUGUUUUUUGGCUACAUGGUGUCCAGCAUCCUUUUUGGUCUCCUGGCUGACAGAUAUGGCCGCUGGAAGAUUUUGCUGCUCUCGUUCCUGUGGGGAGCCUACUUCUCCUUACUGACCUCUUUCUCCCCGUCCUACAUCUGGUUUGUCUUUCUGAGGACCAUGGUAGGCUGUGGAGUGUCUGGCCAUGCACAAGGGUUAAUCAUAAAGACCGAAUUUUUGCCCACAAAAUACCGAGGGUACAUGCUGCCCUUGUCUCAGGUUUUCUGGCUUGCUGGCUCCCUACUCAUCAUCGGCAUGGCUUCUGUGGUCAUCCCCACCAUUGGGUGGCGUUGGCUCAUCCGGAUUGCCUCCAUCCCUGGCAUCAUCCUCAUCAUGGCCUUCAAGUUUAUCCCUGAAUCUGCGCGCUUCAACGUCUCCACCGGAAACACGCAGGCUGCACUGGACACGCUAGAGAGCAUCGCCAAGAUGAACCGUUCAGUCAUGCCGGAGGGACAGCUCGUGGAGCCCAUUCUGGAGAAAAGAGGAAGGUUUGCAGAUCUACUGGAUUCUAAAUAUCUUCGGACCACAUUACAGAUCUGGGUCAUAUGGUUGGGAAUUUCUUUCGCCUACUAUGGGGUUAUCCUGGCCAGCGCAGAGUUGCUGGAGCGGGAUCUGGUCUGUGGUUCGAAGUCGGAGUCAGACCCAGAGGUGGUGGUGACCACGGGGGACUCAGAGGAGAGUCUCAGCCCCUGCUAUUGCCACCUGUUUGCACCCUCUGACUACAGGACCAUGAUCAUCAGCACACUUGGGGAAAUUGCUUUGAACCCUUUAAACAUCCUGGGCAUCAACUUCCUGGGCAGACGGCGGAGCCUGUCCAUCACCAUGGGAUGCACGGCUUUGUUCUUUCUUCUCCUCAAUAUCUGCACUUCAAGUGCCGGCCUCAUUGGCUUCCUCUUCAUGCUGAGAGCCCUGGUAGCAGCGAACUUCAACACCAUCUACAUUUACACUGCUGAGGUCUACCCUACUCAGAUGCGCGCUCUGGGGAUGGGAACCAGCGGUUCCCUGUGCCGCAUUGGAGCGAUGGUGGCACCAUUUAUAUCCCAGGUCCUAAUGAGCGCCUCAUUCCUGGGAGCCCUAUGUCUUUUCUCAUCUGUCUGUGUUGUGUGUGCCAUUUCUGCACUUACUCUACCCAUUGAGACCAAAGGACGUGCUUUGCAGCAAAUUAAAUAAGGACCUGCAAUACUAUGGUCAUCAGACGAAAAAUGAAUAUUUGAUCUUCACUGUUAUUGAAUAUUUUAAAAAUGGUUUAUUUUUGCAUAUGAUAAUUAAGAAAACAAGUGUAUUUUAAGACAACUAAGGCACACACAAAAAUGCAGCAGGGAAUCUAUUUCUUAGGAAACAAUAUAUGCAAAUUCUUAUAGCUUAUAUUUUGUCACAGUUCAGCUAUAAGGCAAAUGAGGUCAGCCUGGGUGCCUAAAACCAAAUAAAAAACUCAAUAACAAAACCUCCCUCCAAACCACUUACUUAUUCCCUCACCCCAAACAAACCAAUAAACCCUGAGACUGAAUGGGAAUAGGAGAAGGUGGUUGGUGAAGAAUAUACCCUUUUCUUACUUAGCAUCAAGAACUGCUAACCUUAGACAAAACACUUGGUAUUGCUCCAUGUGGUCUGUGGCUGAAGGACAGAGAUUCUGUAGUUAAGGCAAGAAACAAGGCUGGUAUCACUGAUUUUAAAUUAUGGCCUUGGUAGCUUAAAAAAGAACUACUACUUUACUCUAUAUGUAACUACCAAUAAGCUGGGGAAUAAAGUUAAUUUUCCCAUACACUAUUGUCCUUUUUUAAUCUUAGGAGGGAAUCAUUGAUUCUCUUGA